UACAAUUUUAAUAUUUUCUUUGCAUGAAGUAAUGGAGAUAUUGGAAACAAUCUCUAAAUAUUUGCAUGGACUAAAUAGUAAAGAAAACAGAAAUUUAAUAAGUGCCAGAUUAAAAGCAGAAUUUGACCUUUGGAGGUCACGUACACAAGAUAUUAUAGACAGUGGAAUGACACUGUAUUUAUCAUGUGAUGAAAGCAUUUUUCCUUCAACUAAUAGAUGCCUACAAUUAUUGAUUACAUUGCCGGUAAGUGUUGCGACAUCUGAAAGAAGUUUCUCCCAUCUAAAGAGGAUCAAAACUCGGCUGCGCUCCACUAUGUUACGCGAUUAGUGGGUUUAGCUCUUUUACAUCUGCAUAGGGAUAUUAAAAUAGACGUCAAUACAAUCAUAUAUCCGUUCGCCAGCAAAAAGAGAUGCCUUGAUUUUGUAAUAUGAUAACACCUGAACUUUGCCUAAGGUUGUCUCUCAAAUCCAUCUCCCUUCUGUUGGCCAAUAAAUAAAAAGGCAGGUGUAGUUAAGGGUUUACUUACAUUUAAACCACCACGGUGAUCGUUUACAAAGUAUCCAAUCAAGAUAUAUGGUUUUACUUAUUGUCCAGCAGAUUGAUAUAAAAGUCCUGUUCAAAUUCUGCUCAAAUCACUUUCUAAGAUAAUGUAAU